GACUCGUGUGUCCCUGCUGUUGUCCAUUGUCCACGUCAAAGGUUUUGAUUGCAUGUACUCUGUACUGGUAGGUAGAUUCCACGUCUCGUCCACCCCCCAGGAUCCCCUUGCUGGCUUCUCUCUGUCCGUUUCAUACCCUCAUGUUCUGUCGUAUAUCAUCUACACCACGUCUGGUCUACUCUUAUCUGCCCUGGUCCUUCUUAGUCUUAUUCUUGCCUCAUAGAAAUAUCAGUCCCAGUGCCCCUCCGUGACAACACCACAGCUUACUAGGAACCACCUGUCAUGAUUAC